CUCUGUCUCUUUAAUUGAUCUCUCUCUCUCUCUCUCACACACACACACAGUUUCUCUCUCUAGCUUCCAAGGGAGAGAGGCCGAACUAACUUAUCAGACAUGGUCUCGACGAGACGAAGUGGAUCCAUCUCCGGAAACAACAGCAAGAGAUCGUCCUCGUCGGAUGACAAAUCCUCGUCCCCCAAGCGCCAGAAGGUCGACAACGGAAGCGCGUCGGAGAAAUCGACGCAGGCGGAGAAUUCCAAAGAGUUGAGCUCCCCGCCGCCGGCUGAUCCGCCCGAAUGCGGCGCCGUUGAUCCGCCGACGGUCGACGAUGACGGCGGCGGCGAAGCGGUGAAGGAGGAGGCGGCGCAGGCGGUUUCGGUGGCGACCCCGAUCGCUGAAGGUUCUUCGCCUGUUGUGGAUAAACCAAGGAGUUCUUUCUCUUCAUGGACGGCUUAUCAGAAGCAGAACCCGAGUUUCGAAACUUCAACUCCUUGGUGUAGGCUUUUGUCGCAGUAUGCACAGAAUUCGAAUGUUUCGAUUUGCAUAUCAAACUUCACAGUUGGUGCGAGCAGACACACGAAUCUUGUACUGAAAGACCAAACCAAUAGUGCAAUUUUAUGUGUGAUCAAGAACGCGCAGCGUGAAGGAACUUCGGUUGCCCUUCUUGAAAGCAGGGGUAGUAAGGGAUCUGUGCAAGUAAAUGGGAAGAUUAUUAAGAAGGGAACCAGCUGUGUCCUCAAUUCUGGCGAUGAAGUCGUUUUUGGUCUUUCAGGGAACCAUGCUUAUAUUUUCCAACAACUAUCGAGUGAGGUUGUCAAGGCCCCCUCGUCAGUCGGCGGUACAGAGGUUCAGAGUAAAGUGGGUAAAUUGAUGCACGUCGAAAGGCGGGCAGGGGAUCCUUCAGCUGUGGCGGGGGCUUCUAUAUUGGCAUCUCUUUCAAGCCUGAGGCAAGAUUUGUCACGAUUGAAGUCUACUGCUCAGUCGACUGGUAAAGCGCUUCAAGGGGCUGAGUUGCCACCUCUUCCCAUAGUGCAUGACAGUAUGGAGGUUGAUCUUGAUGGCCUGGAAGUCAACUCAACGACAGAUGCUGAGAGUGAUAAAGCUGCUGACAUUGGAGCAACAAGCAAGAUGCUUUCUAUUGAUGCCAACCUAGACUCUGGCAUGGAGGCAGGCAAUGUAUUUGAAGAAAGAAACGAGUGGACCAGGGAUUCAUUGCCAGCAUCAACAUCUGGUAUGUCUUUGAGAUGUGCAGCAUUCAAAGAAGACAUCCAUGCAGGGAUUAUUGAUGGCAAAGAAAUAGAAGUUUCGUUUGAAGAUUUCCCAUAUUAUCUAAGUGAAAACACAAAAAGUGUGUUGAUUGCAGCGUCGUACAUACACUUGAAACACAGAGAACAAGUGAAAUACACCUCUGAAUUUCCUACCGUGAACCCCAGGAUUUUGCUUUCUGGUCCUGCAGGAUCGGAGAUAUAUCAGGAGAUGUUAGCCAAGGCACUUGCCAGAUACUUUGGGGCCAAAUUGCUUAUUUUUGAUAGCCAUUCGUUCUUGGGUGGUUUAUCAUCGAAGGAAGCAGAGCUACUGAAGGAGGGAUAUAAUGCAGAAAAAUCUGGCAAUAUUGACAAGCUAAAUGCUGGAGCAACUGACCUUGCUACAAGCAUGGAUCCUUCAGCAAUUGAAGCAGAUAUGCCUAGCCCUUCAACUGUUCCCUCCAAUGGCAUGGAGUCCCAACCAAAAGUGGAAAAUGACUCUGUACCCUCUUCUUCUGGUGCAUCUAGGAGUCCUUUGUUGAAAACAGGCGACAAAGUAAGAUUCAUGGGUUCUGGUUCCGGCAGCUUAUAUUCAACAGCAUCACCUUUGAGGUUCGCCUCCCUUCGAAAAGGCCUUCGCCUCGCCUCUCGUCUCUCGCCUAGACCGCGGCAGACUUUCUCGCCUCGGGGGCCAACUUUUGGAAAUCGAGGGAAGGUUGUACUACCAUUUGACGAUAAUCCCUCGUCAAAAAUUGGUGUGAGAUUUGAUAAACUCAUACCAGAUGGGGUUGACCUUGGGGGUCUCUGCGAGGGAGGUCACGGAUUCUUCUGCAAUGUUAAUGAUCUUCGUCUCGAACCUUCGGGGGCGGAAGAUCUGGACAAGUUACUCAUCAACACAUUAUUUGAGGCUGUGAGUAAUGAGAGCAGAAAUUCUCCUUUCAUUCUGUUCAUGAAAGAAGCAGAGAAGUCCAUUGUAGGGAAUUCAGAAUCAUACACAACAUUUAAAAGCAGGCUUGAGAAACUGCCUGAUAACACUGUUAUUAUUGGCUCUCACACUCAGGCUGACAACCGUAAGGAAAAGUCGCACCCUGGUGGUUUGCUUUUCACAAAAUUUGGCAGCAACCAAACGGCUCUUCUUGAUUUGGCUUUCCCGGAUAGUUUUGGGAGACUCCAUGAGAGGGGGAAGGAGAUUCCCAAGGCCACUAAGCUUCUAACAAAACUUUUCCCAAAUAAAGUAAUGAUUCACAUGCCUCAGGAUGAGGCUCUUCUUGCAAGCUGGAAGCAACAAUUGGACAAAGAUGCUGAGACCCUUAAAAUGAAGGGAAAUCUGAAUCACCUGCGCACAGUCCUGAGUCGGACUGGGAUGGAAUGUGAUGGACUUGACACAUUGUGCAUCAAGGACCAAACGCUUACAAAUGAAAGUGUGGAGAAGGUAAUAGGGUGGGCUUUGAGCCAUCAUUUAAUGCAGAACCCUGAAGCUGAUGCCGAUGCAAGGCUUGUUUUGUCCAGUGAGAGCAUCCAGUACGGGAUUGGAAUUCUACAGGCUAUCCAGAAUGAAUCCAAGAGCUUGAAGAAGUCUCUAAAGGAUGUUGUGACCGAAAAUGAAUUUGAGAAAAGGCUUCUAGCUGAUGUUAUUCCACCUAGUGACAUUGGAGUUACAUUUGAUGAUAUUGGAGCUCUUGAAAAAGUCAAGGACACAUUAAAGGAGUUGGUGAUGCUUCCUUUACAGAGGCCUGAGCUUUUCUGCAAGGGUCAAUUAACGAAGCCAUGCAAGGGUAUACUUUUAUUUGGCCCCCCUGGAACAGGAAAGACAAUGCUCGCAAAGGCUGUGGCCACCGAAGCUGGUGCUAACUUCAUCAAUAUUUCUAUGUCGAGCAUCACAUCCAAAUGGUUUGGCGAGGGUGAAAAAUAUGUGAAAGCUGUUUUCUCACUGGCUAGUAAAAUUGCCCCCAGCGUCAUAUUUGUUGACGAAGUUGAUAGCAUGUUGGGCCGGAGGGAGAAUCCAGGGGAGCACGAGGCCAUGCGUAAGAUGAAAAAUGAAUUUAUGGUGAAUUGGGAUGGCUUAAGGACAAAAGAUACAGAACGAGUUCUGGUACUUGCAGCUACAAACAGGCCAUUUGACCUUGAUGAGGCUGUCAUCAGAAGGCUGCCAAGGAGAUUAAUGGUCAACCUGCCAGACGCUCCAAAUAGAGCAAAGAUCUUGAAAGUGAUCCUAGCAAAAGAGGACUUGUCUCCUGAUGUUGAUUUUGAUUCAAUUGCAAGUAUAACAGAAGGAUAUUCUGGAAGUGACCUCAAGAACCUUUGUGUAACUGCUGCCCAUUGCCCAAUCAGAGAGAUUUUGGAAAAGGAAAAGAAGGAGCGAGCUGCAGCACUGGCAGAAGGAAAGCCCCCUCCAUCUUUAAGUGGAAGUGCUGACAUCCGUCCUUUAAAUAUGGACGACUUCAAAUCUGCUCACGAACGGGUUUGUGCAAGUGUUUCAUCUGAGUCCGUAAACAUGACCGAGCUCCAACAAUGGAAUGAACUAUAUGGUGAAGGGGGUUCUAGAAGGAAGCAGGCUCUCAGCUAUUUCAUGUGAAUGCUUUAUCAUCUGUACAAAUGGUUCUCUCUCCCCCGAUUCUGUACUUUGUCCAUGUCCUAAAGGCCAAGCUAAGUUGCUGCUCUUUAGGGGCUGCCGCGAAGCCAUUUUGUCUGCGAAAUUUUAGUAUAGGUUUCUUAAGUUGUGUUUGUAUUGUUAAUUUAGUUCUUGGGAUGGUUGGUAUGAAGGUGGCGUAGCGCUUGGCUUCGCUGCUUUUGUUUUGUUUUCUCCCCAUCUCCUUAUUGUCGCAAUGUGAAGAGGACUGUGCUUUAAUGUAGUUAUAAACCGAAAAGGGAAAAGAAUGGUUAACCUUCUGCAUAAGAUCUGUAGUUCAAUUCUUUUAUGGUUAUUUGUCAGAAUCAUACAAUAAGAAAUUCUGCAUGGUUAUGGUC